GCUGUGCGCUCGGGGCAAGCCGGCCGGCAGCGAGCGCGAAAGCCGGGUCGGAGCCGGCGGGGGGUGGGGAGGGUGGCGGAGAAAUGGGGAACAAUGCGAGUGAGCAACUUCAGGAAGUCAUUGUGAAAGAAAGCUGGGAAGAGCUCGGCGGCCAAGUUAGCAGGGCAUUCUAACAAGUGCAUGCGCGGCCCGCGCCCGGGGCGGCGACUGCGGCGACAGUCCCUGGGUCCCCGCGGAGCACCGCCGAGCCCGGGCGGGACCUUGGAGGUGGCGAGGCGGCCGGCCCGGGCGAGCCCGGCAGGGCAGAGGGAGCCCCGACCCCGCGGUUGCUCUCCGCGCCUGAGGAUCAGUCUUGGCCCCCAAAGUGCGACGCACACAUCCACAUAACCCGAGGACAAUGGACACUGAUGAGGGUCAAGACAUGUCCCGAGUUUCAGGGAAGGAAAGCCCUCCAGUGAGUGACACUCCCGAUGAUGGGGACGAGCCCAUGCCGGUCCCUGAAGACCUUUCCACCACGUCUGGAGGACAGCAGAGCUCCAAGAGUGAGAGAGGAGUGGCCAGUAAUGUUAAAGUAGAGGCUCAGAGUGAUGAAGAGAAUGCGCGUGCCUGUGAGCUGAAUGGGGAAGAAUGUGCGGAGGAUUUACGAGUGCUUGAUGCCGCGGGAGAGAAAAUGAAUGGCUCCCACGGUGGCCAAGGCAGCAGAGCUUUGUCGGGAGCUGGAGGCAUUCGACUUCCUAACGGCAAACUAAAGUGUGAUGUCUGUGGGAUAAUUUGCAUCGGCCCCAAUGUGCUCAUGGUCCACAAGCGAAGCCACACUGGGGAACGGCCUUUCCAGUGCAACCAGUGCGGGGCCUCGUUCACGCAGAAGGGCAACCUGCUUCGACACAUCAAGCUGCACUCCGGGGAGAAGCCCUUCAAGUGCCAUCUCUGCAACUACGCGUGCCGCCGGCGGGACGCCCUCACGGGCCACCUGAGGACGCACUCCGUUGGUAAACCUCACAAAUGUGGAUAUUGUGGCCGAAGCUAUAAACAGCGCAGCUCUUUAGAGGAACAUAAGGAGCGUUGCCAUAACUACUUGCAAAGCAUGGGUCUUCCAGGCACCCUGUACCCAGUCAUUAAAGAAGAAGCUAAUCACAGUGAGAUGGCAGAAGAUCUGUGCAAGAUAGGAUCAGAGAGAUCCCUCGUGCUGGACAGACUAGCAAGUAACGUCGCCAAACGUAAGAGCUCUAUGCCUCAGAAAUUUGUUGGGGACAAGUGCCUGUCGGACAUGCCCUAUGACAGCAGCGCCAGCUACGAGAAAGAGAACGAGAUGAUGCAGACCCACGUGAUGGACCAAGCCAUCAACAACGCCAUCAGCUACCUGGGGGCAGAGUCCCUGCGCCCGCUGGUGCAGACGCCCCCGGGCAGCUCGGAGGCAGUGCCGGUCAUCAACCCCAUUUACCAGCUCCAUAAGCCCCACGCGGAGGGCCCCCCGCGGUCCAACCACUCGGCCCAGGACAGCGCCGUGGAGAACCUGCUGCUGCUCUCCAAGGCCAAGUCGGUGUCCUCCGAGCGGGACGCGUCCCCGAGCAACAGCUGCCAAGACUCGACGGACACGGAGAGCAAUAACGGGGAGCAGCGGGGCCUCAUCUACCUGACCAACCACAUCAACCCGCACGCGCGCAACGGCCUGUCCAUCAAGGAGGAGCACCCAGCCUACGACGUGCUGCGGGCGGCCUCCGAGAGCUCCCAGGACGCCUUCCGCGUGAUCGGCACGAGCGGGGAGCCCAUGAAGGUGUACAAGUGCGAACCCUGCCGGGUGCUCUUCCUGGACCACGUCAUGUACACCAUCCACAUGGGCUGCCACGGCUUCCGCGACCCUUUCGAGUGCAACAUGUGCGGCUACCACAGCCAGGACCGCUACGAGUUCUCGUCCCACAUCACGCGGGGCGAGCACCGCUUCCACAUGAGCUAAGCCGGCCGAGAGAGGCACGCGGGGCCCAGGCCCUCCCCUCCUGCCAGCAGCCGGGACUGGACCAGAACCUUGUGCUUUGAUUUCUAGGUGGUUUUUCGUUUCGUUUUGUAUUUUUUUUUUUAAGUCGGUUGGUUGGCUGGGGUUUGAUUUGCUUUGGAACCUGAGAUUUUUAUUGUUAGAGAAAGGUUACAUAUGGACACCCCCACCCCUGCCCCCCAAACUGCUAUGUUACUAGAUGUGCUCAUAGACUGUUAGCCGAAAUCCCCUUCCCCGCUUCCUAGAAUUCCCCUCCUCCAAAGAGUUGCUCAUUUUUAGAGAAUGUUUGGUAAAAAUAGGUCAGGGCAUGGGAAGGAAUGAGCUGUGCUGAGCGUCCCCUGUACCCCAUGUGGCUGCCGAGGCCCCAGAUGCAGUGAGCACAGCCCUUGGUCCUCAGCCUGGCAGGUGCCCCCCGACACAGCAGGGCUGAGAAACCCAAGCCGGAGCAUCUGAUCGCGUGCAUCUAGGUCUGGAAGCCUGCAGUUUGUAAAAGAUGUAAUUGUAAGUCACAGCCUGAACAAAAAGUACAUUGUUGGAGCAAUGCUGGACUCCCCGGGCAAAGGGCACAAGGAGGGGUCGGAGGACCUGGUGGUCUCCAUCUCAGUUUCCAAACUGCUGUAGCAUUUCUCAGCCUUCUCCAGCUUUCCGGCAGGUGGAAGGCGCUCCCAACUCCACACUCCUGGAGGUCUGUCUGGAGACCUCCACCCUCUGCCUUCUCACAUCUGUGCCUCUCAUACCCAGAGUCCGACACUGCAGUUUGAACAUCCAUCGUGAAGUGCUGACCUUAAUUCCUUUGAACCUCUCAAAUGGUAACAUUCCUCAGAAACCAAGGCUUUAUUCCAGAUUCCAUACUCCUUUAUUCCCUGGCUGGUUCCACUGACAGCCAGAAGCCUGUUUCCCCUCCGAGGCCCAACCUAGACCCCAUUUCAACAAUGUCACUGGUUUGUUUGUUGGUACAUUUCUUUCCCUGCUCUCACGCUACAUUAUUCUUGUCCUAAAAUCCAUAAAAGGAGCAUGCAGUAUGAUCAGUCAUUUUCAGAGCAAGGAACUGUGAUGAGCAAAGCCCAGGAGAUGUGGCUAACAUGCUGAACCUACUUGUUAGAAACUAAACUUUGCAACAGUCUUAAACUCCCCUGUAAGGACAGAGCAGCCCCUAUGUGCCCACCCAUAAAUAGGAACGUCCUUUCUCACUCGGGGCUUGGAAGGUGCAGAGCGACCAUGAAACCCGCCAGCGAGGUCUGACGGGAAAGAGGCAGGUGGUUCUGGAGUUAGAACCUUCCUGAGCCAUGUUGCUGGGAGCCCCACUGAGGUGUUUGGCCAUUCUUGUCCCCACUGGAAGGGGUAGCCCUCAAGGUUAAUCCUAUCAUUAAAGAUAAUAAUCCCAACCACCUAGGCAAGUAAGAGCGGUACAAUUUCCAAUGUUUACAUGUCUUUGCCGAAAGUGAACCAAGGUGAACAUGAAAAAAAAAAAGAAGAAGAAGAAGAAAAA